AUGAGCGACUGGGAUUCCGUUACCCGCAUUGGUUCCAAGAACCGUGGCGGCCCCGCCAUUCGCGAGACUGUCGUCAAGGGCAAGAGCGCAUUGAACGCCGCCCAGCGCCAGGGUCUCGUUGUCGGUACUGAGAAGAAAUACGCCUCUGGCAACACUGCCGGACGCGCUGGUGCCGUCGAAGGCCAACAUCUCACCAAGGUCGACCGCAGCGACGACAUCGUCAAGCCCAAGACCGUCGGUCUGCAGGUUGCAGACGCCAUCAAGAAGCGCCGAACCGAUGAGGGAUAUAAGAUGACACAGAAGGAGCUCGCCACCAAGUGCAACACCACAGUUACCGUUGUCCAGGACUUCGAGCGGGGCACAGCCGCACCCGACCAAAAGGUGCUUAGCGCCAUGGAGCGCGUGCUCAACGUCAAGCUGAGAGGUGCUGACAUCGGAAGCGAGAAGUUCCCUAAGAAAAAGUAA